GUGGUGAAAGUCAAGCCCAAUGACAAGGACGCCAAGAUGAAGUACCAGGAGUGCAACAAGAUUGUGAGGCAGAAGGCCUUUGAGCGAGCCAUCGCGGGGGAUGAGCACAAGCGUUCAGUUGUGGACUCCUUAGAUAUCGAGAGCAUGACCAUCGAGGACGAGUACAGCGGCCCCAAGCUCGAGAACGGCAAAGUGACCCUGACCUUCAUGCAGGAACUCAUGCAGUGGUACAAAGAGCAGAAGAAGCUCCACAGGAAGUGCGCCUACCAGAUUUUGGUGCAAGUGAAGGAGAUCCUGUCCAAACUGACCACGCUGGUGGAGACCACACUCAAAGAGACAGAGAAGAUUACAGUCUGCGGGGACACCCACGGCCAGUUCUAUGACCUGCUUAACAUAUUUGAGCUCAAUGGUUUGCCUUCUGAGACCAACCCCUAUAUAUUUAAUGGAGACUUUGUGGACCGAGGCUCCUUCUCUGUGGAAGUGAUCCUCACCCUCUUUGGCUUCAAGCUGCUUUAUCCCGAACACUUCCACCUCCUCCGAGGGAACCACGAGACAGACAACAUGAACCAAAUCUACGGCUUUGAGGGGGAGGUGAAGGCCAAAUACACAGCCCAGAUGUUUGAGCUAUUCAGCGAGGUAUUUGAGUGGCUUCCCCUGGCCCAGUGUAUCAACGGCAAGGUGCUGAUCAUGCACGGGGGGCUCUUCAGUGAGGACGGAGUCACCCUGGACGACAUCCGCAAGAUAGAGCGGAAUCGGCAGCCCCCGGACUCCGGCCCAAUGUGUGAUUUACUCUGGUCAGAUCCGCAGCCCCAGGUCAGUGAGCACAUGCCCUCGGCGGGG